UCGACAUUGAUGAUAUAAUGGUAUGAAGAAAAAUGCAAAAUGGGACUGUAUGUACGUGUAACCUAAAUAUAAAAACAGAUAUACAAUGUACAUACAUGCUUUUAUAUUAAAUCAACAGAUGAUAUAUAUUUUUCAUUAACUAUAUAGAUACUCGAUGGUUCGUUGCAAGGAUUCUCUUCUAUAUAUAUAUGAUGGUAUCAUGUGAUUUUAGACAUUUAUAGCUAAAUAUUUUGGAAUAAUACACAUGGAUAGGUUAUGUGUAUUUCUUUUCAGUGGAUUGAUCAUUUCAAUGUCUGAGUCAAGAACAAUCAUUGUUAUGCGGUCAACGUGCGGAGGAACGUACAGUGUACAUGAGGACGAUUAUUUAUAUUUCCAUUAUCUGGGCGUACCAUUGCCACCAGAAUGUAUGUUUAGGAUUUCUGCAAGUGCUUCAAAGAGAGUGUGCUCUGAGUCUGAAAAGUUUGAUGUUGAUUGUGGUACACGGUUAGAAUAUUACCAAACCGGGUACAGUUCUUCUUAUACACCGGAUAAAUGGUAUAGUUGUACAGACAAGCAAAGAAGUGAUUUCUGUGCGGAUACGUCGAAAACAUUACAUGUAGUGUUUAAAAACAACGCAACAAAUACAACUUCCAGUGAAAUAAAGCUACAGUUGUCAAUUAAAGAAGAUGAAGGAAAAACCUUGGGUGAUGCAGCUAUUUCUAUAGUAUAUGUUAUUAUUGGUGUUAUCAUAGCGGUUGUUGUAUUGGCAAUCCUGACUACAGCCUUCUGCGUUUUCAUAUUUUGCCGUCGACGACGACGUCAGAGACAUGCGGGGUCUGUCUAUAGAGCCCCAUUGCCUACCGUAGCUACCACAGCAACAUCUGAAUCGCCUUUGUAGCCGUUCUUUUGUCGGAAAAAAAGUGAAUAAUGUUGAUGCAUCCAACUGACUACAGAGGGACGAAAUGAUUUUAAUAUCUAUAAGAUGAAAACUCACAUUUUCCAUUUUGAACUUUAAACAGAAGUCAAAUGACUGUGAAACAUAUCCAUUUAAAUAAAUUUUAAUUAGUCAAA